CCAGCUGUGCAGCUUCGUUCUUCCACUCGCCUGCUCCACGGUCAGUUUCUAAGGACUCUUCCAAGGGAGGUUGGAACAAUGCCGCAGGUGAAAGUUCCAGCAGUGGAGAAACAAACCGACGAUGCCAUGCGCUCCUUCGCAGAGAAGGUAUUUGCGUCGGAGGUAAAGGAAGAAGGAGGCCGGCAUGAAAUCUCCCCCUUCGACGUGGAAGAUGUCUGCCCCAUCUCGCACCAUGAAAUGCAGGAGCACAUGUUCAAGGAGGAGAGCACAACUGAUUCCGGAAAACGGAAGAGGAGGCUCCUACGGCUGAAGACCAUAGCACUGGUUCUUCCUAUUGCAGGAAAGUCUUCAACCAAACUGACUGAUUUAGAUGAGGUCAUCUCCUCCUCUUCUUUGUAUCAAGACGUGCCAAAAUUUCAACGUGUUAAGAUCUCAGGAGACUAUGCUGCAGGGGUGACUGUGGAGGACUUCGAACUGGUCUGCCAAGGCCUGUACCGUGCCCUAUGUAUCCGAGAAAAGUAUAUGCAGAAAUCCUUCCAGCGUUUCCCCAAGACUCCCUCCCAGUUCCUGCGUGCCAUUGAAAAUGAGGUGUGGAAACCCAAUGAAGAUCUGUGGCCAGUGUUCACUCCACCUGUGAAGGAUGGUGAAGAUCCUUUCCGGUCUGACAAUCUACCUGAGAAUCUGGGCUACUACGUGGAAAUGAAGGGAGGUGUGGUGUACGUCUAUGCUGACAAAGCAGCUGCUGCCAGGGGUGAGCCCAAGGACCUGCCCUACCCUGACCUGGAAGUCUUCCUUGAUGACAUGAACUUCCUGCUGGCCCUUAUUGCUCAGGGGCCCGUUAAAACCUAUACGCACCGACGCCUUCGAUUCCUGUCCUCCAAGUUCAAUGUACAUGAGAUGCUGAAUGAAAUGGAAGAGCUGAAGGAACUGAAAAACAACCCCCACCGAGACUUCUACAAUUGUCGGAAGGUAGACACGCACAUCCAUGCUGCGGCUUGCAUGAAUCAGAAGCACCUGCUGCGAUUCAUUAAGAAAUCAUACCGGGUUGAUGCUGAAAGGGUGGUGUGCAAAUCCAAGGACAAGGAGUUGACGCUCAAGCACCUCUUUGAGCAGCUCAACCUUCACCCCUACGACCUGACCGUGGACUCAUUGGAUGUGCAUGCAGGACGCCAGACUUUCCAGCGCUUUGACAAGUUCAACGCCAAGUAUAACCCAGUGGGUGCCAGUGAGCUGCGUGAUCUCUACCUCAAGUCUGAAAAUGCCAUCAAUGGUGAAUACUUUGCCACCAUCAUCAAGGAGGUUGGUUCCGACCUGGAGGAUGCCAGGUACCAGUAUGCAGAGCCACGACUCUCCAUCUAUGGCCGUUCACCGGAAGAGUGGUCCAAAUUAGCUAGCUGGUUCACCCAACACCGUGUUUAUUCCCCCAAUAUGAGAUGGAUGAUCCAGGUGCCCAGAAUCUAUGAUGUGUUCAGGUCAAAGAACUUUCUGCCACACUUUGGGAAGAUGCUGGAGAACAUUUUUGUGCCCGUGUUUCAGGCGACCAUCAACCCACAGGACAAUAAGGAACUGAGUGUUUUUCUACGCCACAUUACUGGUUUUGACAGUGUAGAUGAUGAGUCCAAGCACAGUGGACACAUGUUUUGUACCAAGAGCCCCAAGCCAGAGGAGUGGAGCCAUGAGAAGAAUCCAUCCUACACCUAUUACUUGUACUACAUGUAUGCCAACAUCACGGUGAUCAAUAACCUCCGACGUGAGCGUGGCAUGAACACCUUCCUGUUCCGUCCUCAUUGUGGAGAGGCUGGUGCUAUCACCCACCUGCUAGCCGCCUUCAUGACUGCAGAUAAUAUUUCCCACGGCCUGAACCUGAUGAAGUCUCCUGUGCUGCAAUAUCUCUACUUCCUAGCCCAAAUCCCCAUCGCUAUGUCCCCACUCAGCAACAACAGCCUCUUCUUAGAGUAUGCCAAGAACCCACUUCUCGAUUUCCACCAGAAGGGACUGAUGGUGUCACUGUCCACCGAUGACCCUAUGCAAUUCCACUAUACCAAGGAACCUCUCAUGGAAGAAUAUGCCAUUGCGGCACAGGUCUUCAAGCUCAGCACCUGUGACAUGUGUGAGAUCGCACGCUACAGCGUCCUGCAAUGCGGCCUGUCCCAUGAGGAAAAGCUCCAUAUGCUGGGAAAGAAUUAUCAUGAAGAGGGUCCGCAGGGCAAUGACAUCCGCAAGACCAACGUGGCCCAGAUCCGCAUGGCCUACCGCUAUGAGACGUGGUGCUAUGAGCUUGACCUUAUGGCUGAGGGGCUGAAAGCCGUUGAAUAGGUGGCUCUCGGCGCUGCAGCUUUACACACCAGACCCCUGCUGGAACCACGGAGCAGGCCUGAGCAGGAGAAGCAGCAGUACCAUUCAGCAUUGGGCAAUUAAGGGGAUGGGAUUAUAGCCCCAAU